GUGUGAUGCUGGAGCUGGGAGGGUAGCCAUUCUUACGAGUGUGUGUGUGUCCCUGCUCGCUGGCGGUCUGUGUGUGACAGUGAGAAGGAGAUAUCUUGAGACACCGGGUAGGAAAGGCAGUGGAAGACUCUUUAGCUUUGAACUGAAGCUCAACAUUUGGACUUGGUGCCUAAGUACCACACACACCUUCAUAUACACAUUAUGGAGAAGGUGUGUGUGUGUGUGUGAGAGAUGUCAAGACAUUCUCCUCACCUGUGAGAGCAGUAACAGUUUCGUUACCCCGAGGGGGGGGGGGUUUGCGAUUGUCACUGGGGAUCUUUGCUUGGGUCAUCACCGUCGCCGGGUGCGUUGCCAGGUGUGUUGCCACGGCGGCACCAUGUUGAGGUGUGUUAUCCAACGGGCCAGCAACCUGCGGGAGAAGGAUGGUCGCCUUAGUGAUCCUCUGUGUGGAGUCAUCUUCAGAGGAUCAAAAAAGAAGACAAAAGUCAUUAAGAAUAACAUAAACCCUGUCUGGAAUGAGGGUUUUGAGUGGGACCUGAAGGGAAUUCCUCUGGAUUCAGGAGCUGAGCUUCAUUUGGUGGUCAAGGAUCAUGAGAAGAUGGGGAGGAACAGGUUCCUGGGGGAGAGUAGAGUGGCUCUCAGGGAUAUCCUCAACUCCCCUAACCUGGCUGCUAGCUUCACUGUGUCCCUACUGGAUACCAAGAGGAACAAUACUGGGGCCACACUGAGCCUGCAGGUUUCCUACAUCCCUCCCCCAGGAAUGACUCCUUUCUUCCAGCCUCCUCCUCAGCCAGAGGCCAGGGAGAAACCCGUGGAGCUGGACACUGUCACAGUCUUCUCGUUGGACACCAUGGGUGAGGAGGACACAGAGAGCAUGUUGAUGAUGGAGCAGACAGAUGACCCAGACACCGGGAGUCACCAGGGGCCCCAUCAAGGGGGCCAGGGCGGCCAAGAGACCCCCACAGGUAACCACCCCUGA